GCGCGCGGGGAGCGCGAGCGAGGACCGCGCAGGCGAGGGAGUGAGCGUGCCGGGGCGGCCGUGCGUGCGCUCCGCUCGGCGCCACAGGCUCUCCGCGCGCCGGGGACCCGCAGAGCCGCGGAGGCCGGAGUUCGGAGCGAGCCGGGCCCGCCAGGAGCGGGAGGGAAGCGGCGGCCCCCGGUGAGCGCGCCGCGAGCGCUCCGGGGCGGCGCGGGCCGGGUCGGGAGCUGCCCGGCUGGACGGCGCGCCCGCUCCCAGUCCUGCGCGCUCCCCGCCGCUCCCUCCGCUAAGGUCCCCGCCGGCGCCGCGCCCACCAUGCGCCUCAACGGCUCGGCGCCCGGUCCCCAGGGCGCGCCCGGCGCCAAACCCUUCCCGCUGCCGCCCUCCGGGCUGGAGGCGGCGCUCCUGGUCUCCAGCUUCGGCAACGGCUCGGGCAACGAGUCCGAGCGCCUGCGAGCGGCGCCCAGCAGCGACCUGGACGUGAACACCGACAUCUACUCCAAGGUGCUGGUGACAGCCGUGUACCUGGCGCUCUUCGCGGUGGGUACUGUGGGCAACUCGGUGACAGCGUUGGCGCUGGGCCGCAAGAAGUCGCUGCAGAGCCUGCAGAGCACCGUGCACUACCACCUGGGCAGCCUGGCGCUGUCGGACCUGCUCAUCCUGCUGCUGGCCAUGCCCGUGGAGCUGUACAACUUCAUCUGGGUGCACCACCCCUGGGCCUUCGGCGACGCCGGCUGCCGCGGCUACUACUUCCUGCGCGACACCUGCACCUAUGCCACGGCCCUCAACGUGGCCAGCCUCAGUGUGGAGCGCUACCUGGCCAUCUGCCACCCCUUCAGGGCCAAGACCCUCAUGUCUCGCAGCCGCACCAAGAAGUUCAUCAGCGCCAUCUGGCUCGCCUCGGGCCUGCUGGCUGUGCCCAUGCCCUUCACCAUGGGCCAGCAGAACCGCAGCGCCGACGGCCAGCACCCCGGCGGCCUGGUGUGUACGCCCAUCGUGGGCACCGCCACGAUCAAGGUCGUCAUCCAGAUCAACACCUUCAUGUCCUUUGUGUUCCCCAUGGUGGUCAUCUCCAUCCUGAACACCAUCAUCGCCAACAAGCUGACCGUCAUGGUCCGCCAGGCCGCUGAGCAGGGCCAGGUGUGCACGGUGGGGGACCAGCACAGCUCCUUCAGCAUGUCCAUCGAGCCUGGCAGGAUCCAAGCCCUGCAGCACGGCGUCCGGGUCUUACGGGCCGUGGUCAUCGCCUUCGUGGUCUGCUGGCUGCCCUACCAUGUGCGGCGGCUCAUGUUCUGCUACAUUUCUGAUAAGCAGUGGACCCCGUUCCUCUACGACGUCUACCACUACUUAUACAUGCUGACCAACGCGCUCUUCUACGCCGGCUCUGCCGUCAACCCCAUCCUCUACAACCUGGUCUCCGCCGGCUUCCGCCAGGCCUUUCUGUCCACACUGGCCGGCCUCUGCCUGCUGUGGGGACGCAGGAGGAAGAGGCCGGCCUUCUCGAGGAAGACCAACAGUGUGUCCAGCAACCACACCUUCUCCAGCAACGCCACUCGGGAGACGCUCUAUUAGAGCCGGGGUGGGGCCCAAGGAGGGGCCGGGAGAGCCGGGGAGGGGUGGCCACUGGGCCUCCCUGCCCCCACCCCCAGAGCUGGAAUGGGGCUCAGCGGAGGCCUAGGACCUGGCGCCCACCCCCAGAGGCCCCAUCUCUUUCAGCGUCUCCAUCAGCACCCCGCACCCCUCCCUCCACACCUCUUUGAAAACCAGGAGAGAUCGCUCCUCUCCCAGAUCCAGAAAGGGCCUCUAAUCAGAAGAAAUUAGUGGUGGCUGAGAGGCAGCCUCCUUUGUUCCCACACCGCUGGGUGUCAGGACAGAAAUGAAAGGCACCGGCCAGGCUGGGCAGACGCGGGGAGGCAGCGGCCCCGAGAGGCCAGGGCGCCGGGAGGAGCCUGGCUGGUGGGGCUGCCACCGCCCUCCGCAAGGAGAAGGGCGCGGGAUGGCAGGGAUCCGGACCCCCACCUCUCCAAGGGCGAUUCCUAGGAAGCUUUGGUCUGCCCCGAAGGACAGCACAGGGGUCCCGUGGGUCAGGCACUGGCCAGACCCAGGCCUCCCCCUCCUCCCUGCCAAGACGGCCAGGCUCUACCCAGACGCCCGCCCACUGGGAGCUGGCCUGGAUGUCUGCUUGGCUUGGCAGGGGCGAGGUCAGUCUUGCCUCCUGGUACCUGCCGUGCAUCCCAAGCCAGGCCGUGUGUGCCCCGGUUGCAUGGGUGAGCUUCCUGAGGGGAAGGGCAGGCUCCCUGAAGAGCAGAGGCCAUGGCCAGGUCCCAGAGGGAGGCCAUUGGUAGGGACUAGGCCACAGGUGAGGGGGAGGGGCCGUGGGUCCAGGCAGCUCCCUGGGCCAGCAGCCAGCAUCAUUUGUCACGGCCCCAGGCCCCAGGCCGCAGCCCCAGCCCCAGGCACCCGGGAAGGCAGGGGUCUCCUUGAUCUGUAAGAGCUGGUCUCCAGACAGGAUGGCCUCCUGGCCUUGCCCUAGAAGGUCCCCUGAGCCAGGGGGAGACAGAUCCCAGAGGAGCUGCCCAGAACAGCGAGAGGUCUGGAAAAUGAAAUGCAGGCUUUUUUAAAGUAGGUUCUCACUGCCCUGAAGGGGGACUGUUAGGCAGAUGGCCGUGAGCCUCCCUGACUCAGGACACAAGAGGCCUGGUCCGAGUGCCCCCACCCCAAAAAUGGCAAGCUGGUAAGUCUCCAUGGUGGCUUUGGAUCUGGACCCCCGACUUGAACCCUACAGGAUCCUUCUCCAAGCCACAAGACCUUUCCGGGCAGUCGGCUGAGCGCCGGUCCUUGGGCACAACCCAGGGGCCAUCCGCAAGGGGAAGUAGGCCAGCCCGGACCUCACGCAUAGGCGCCUGCUCCGGGUGGGCGAGGGGGCCACUGGGCCCUGAGGGGCGGGCAGCGAGCGGCCAUCAGUUGGGCAAAGGCUGAGGCGAGGCCCAGGCGGUGGGCAUUGGAGCAAGAGCCUAGACUCCUUCUGAGAGACCCUCAGACCCCCCUCCCCGACCCAGUGUUUGGCACCUCGGGCACACCUGCUACUCGGAGCCUCGGUUCUGCCCCCAACAAGUGCACGUGGCCGUUCGGCCCUCUUUCGAGGCUGACAGUGUGGGUCCUGGAGGACGCCGCCCGGAAUGGACAGAAGAGAUAGCUCCCCAGGCUGGGGGCAGAGUUGACGUGGGAUGGGGAGCUCCCGCCAGCCCAGACCCGCCCAGACGCAGCUGGGACAGGGUCUGUGCUGUGGCCCCAAGCCCAUUUUACUGUUGUGGUCCGCACGAUCCCAUGUCUGUGCCCCGUGCAGCCCCGGGGCAUCGGCGGUUGGCUGCGUCAUGCUGUAGGCCCUACCCCCAGCCAGACUCAGCGGCCAGCAUGCCUGGUCACUAGUGAUGCUGAAAGCCCUUCGUGUCGCUCACACGCGCUCCCAGUCCUCACCACCGCACCCUGCCAUCUGCAGGAACAGAGCCCUGAGUGUCUCUGUAAAGGAGGCGGUGGCCGCCGCGGCCGGCGUCUUCUGUUGGGGCUGGGGGACCUGCAGGCAUCUGUUCACUCACUCACUUACUCAGCGGGCACGCAUGGGCACAGCAGACAGCCCUGCCUGGGCGCUGGGGCCAAAACCACACAGACUUUGGCCACAUCUCCCCAAGGCUGGGGGGACUGGGGACUGAUUCCCCUGCUCUGGUCCUGCCCCCACCGUAGUGUUGAGAAGCAGCAGGAGAGGAAGGAAUGUGUGCAGAAGAAAACCCCGUACACCAUGGGGUCCCCUCGAGGCCUGACGUCAGGGAGACCCGCGUCCGUGCCGGCUGUGUGCCCAGCACCUUGCCUGCCCUGAGCCCGGUUUCUCACGCCACGGGCCGGGCACAGAGGAGGCCCCCUGGCGGGCAUGCAGGGUCCUACGGGAGAUACACUCAGCCCUCCAGCCCAGGAAACAGGGAAGCAAGUCAGCUUCCCCCCAGGACUCAGUGGUGGGGGGAUCCCCUGGGGACCUACCUCUGACAUAGCCGGCCCCGCCCACCUCCUCUCCAGCCUCCCCUGCUAGGCCGUUGCCUCUCACUCGCGCAUCCCCGCGGGGCCGGCCUGCAGGACGAGCAGCAUCCUCCCGGGCCGCGGGGCUCCAGGGAGGGCCCUCCGCAGCCCCCGUGUCCUCGACCGGAGGGGCCGGCUGGUCUCAGAACCACCAUGCGCCCGGCGCGCCAGCUUGGAGGUCCCAGCCCAGCCCGUGUGCACGCAGAGAAGCUCCUGGACCCUGGGGCGGGGGGGGCACCGGCUGCAACAGCCUCUCUCGCCCAGCCCCCUGCAUGGCCUUCCGUCUGUCCCUCCCUCGCUCCCCUGCUGGGUGCAGAGUGCCACGCCCACGCCCCCCUUUGGUCACUCACUGGCUGGCUCACCGCGGGGAGCUCCGCGACGCGGCCUCGCUGCUCAGCUCUGGCGGCCAUGGGCACAGGCGUGAGGCUCCAGAGGCUCCGGCUCCGCCGCAGGCGUCUCCGGCCUCUGGUCAGCAGGGGAGUCCCGGACGCGCCUUCAUUCCCAGGGUGAGGGCCUCACCGGCCAGCCCCAAGGGGUGCACUGACAUCUCACAAGAAUAUCCAAAGGAAUGAAACUCUAAUGGUAGACGUUCAGGCCAACCAACGAGGGGAAAGUUGGGGGACAGUGGGCAGGCAGUCUGCAGCCCAGACCCCAUGUCCGUGCCACCGUCCCAGGAGACCAGAGCCCUACGCCCUCCGGCAAGUUUCCUGAGCUUGGACCCCUGUUGCCCCUGUGCACAGGAGACGAGUCCCCCCUCCUGGUUCUCCUAGAGGCACCCUGGCCUAUGACCAUCGCUAAGCAACAGGAGGAGGGCUUGGGAGAGAAUUUACACACUUGAAGGAAGAAAAAGACGGCUGUCAGCCUGGGCCUGCCGCUGGAGCCCGAGCGCAGGAGGUGC